GCAAAAUGGCGGACAGUUGGAAAAUUGCAAGAGGAAAUAAUAUUUUACAAAAUUAAGAAUCUCGCAUAAGUUGUUUACUUCACAUGCGUUUUUAGAUUAGUGUAGUAUAUCAUGGUUGUCCAGGAGCCAGUGCAGGCUGCAAUAUGGCAGUGUUUAAAUUAUUACGCCUACUCAGAUGCUGUCUUCCUGGCUGAACGACUCUAUGCUGAAGUUGGCUCUGAUGAGGCGCUAUUUCUAUUAGCAACAUGUUACUACCGUUCUGGCAAAGGCAAUAGAGCCUACUCAUUACUACAGAUGAAAGGAUGUCCCACCCCACAGUGUCGCUAUCUCAUGGCACGUUGCUGUGUUGAUUUAGAUAAGAUGGCUGAAGGAGAAGCAGCCUUGGUCGGCAAUGCAAUCCUCAAACCCCACUCCUGUGAAGAAAUCAAGACAGAGUUUGGAGAUGCUGCACCAUUUGCUCUUGCACUCUUGGCCAGAAUAUGCAGUAAAACAGAGCGAAAAACCAAAGCAUCAGAGUCACUCAAGCAAAGCUUAAAGAUGAACCCGUUCCUGUGGUCCUCAUUUGCAGAUCUCUGUAAUCUAGGGGAGAAGCCAGAUCCCAGCAAGGUAUUUACGAUGGCAGUGUCUACUCCUGAUGUAUCUACAACACAGCAAGAUCUGUACCCUAUCAUCGAUACAGAAAACAUGUCCGUCAAUCAUCAGCAACCUUUGGUACUGGAUUCACCUGCGAUGGAGACGCCACAGGACAACUCAACCUUCAAUGUACAGCUCUCCGGGAUCAAGCCCUUAUCUAACCUCUUCACUCCUGACUCAGUACAAACUCCUGACCUCCAUCACACCCCGGGUGACAUGCCUCUCAUCCUACCCCCAUCGGCUCCACUUAGCUCAUCACGUUACCCAAGGACGAGACCCAGGGUCGGGAGGAAUCUCUUAGGGGGUCCGGUCUCCCUCAGUCCUCUCACACCAAGUUUUGGGGUUCUCCCGUUGGACACUCCUAAUGGCGGUGACAGUAUGACUGCUUAUAUCACCCCAUCGCCAACGAUGUUAGAAAGUCAGUCUGCUGAAAUCAGGGCGCCACAGAAAAAGGGAAUAUCAAGAAGAUCUCAGAUCACAAAGCCAGCCGUCUUCAGCCAGUCUGGGAAUUCUAGUAACACUAACAAGGAUCCCUCACCAAUGCUUCUCAAUCCAACACCAAGUCCACAAUCAAGUGCGGCUCAAGUUUUGUUUCAAAACCCUCAAGGAGUUAGGAGGAGCUCCAGGCUUUUUACAAAUAAUUCAGUCAAGGAAAAUGCAACCAAAAAGACGUCAGCCAGGAGUAAAAUCGGGUCACCUCGUGGUCUCAAGGCCAAGACGAAAAGCAAGACUAGCCGUACGUCCACGAUAACACAACCACCAGACUCUGAAGAUCUGAUCAAACCGGAUAACUAUCGAACGUUAGACACCAAGGCAGCGUAUGUGUCUGCCUCGCAGCAUCAGCAGUUAAUGAGCUUCCAGAGGGCUUCUGCAGAGGGUCUUCUGGCCUUACUACGAGAGAUCGGCAGGGCGUAUGUAGCAUUAAGCCAGUACGACUGUCGUAAAGCAAUCGCUCUCUUCUCAAGUUUACCACCGCAACACUACAACACCGGCUGGGUCCUGUCGCAGGUCGGACGGGCGCGCUAUGAAUUAGCGGAAUAUCAGAAGGCAGGAAGAUUGUUUUAUGAGGUACGUCGUCUUGAGCCAUACCACCUUGAAGGAAUGGAGAUCUUCUCCACUGCUUUAUGGCAUCUACACAAGGAAGUAGGUCUCUCCACCUUGGCACAAGAACUUGCAGAUUUUGAGCCGGAUUCACCAGAGGCUUGGUGCGCGACGGGUAACUGCUUCAGUUUGCAAAAAGAACACGACAUGGCAAUUAAAUUCUUCCAACGAGCAGCUCAGGUUGACCCUCAGUUUGCGUACGCCUACACGUUACUGGGUCACGAGUAUGUAGCCACAGAAGAACUAGAUAAAGCAAUGUCGUGCUACCGUACGGCAAUACGAAUAAACUCAAGACACUACAAUGCAUGGUAUGGGGUUGGUAUGAUAUACUACAAACAAGAGAAGUUUGCGUUGGCUGAAAUGCACUAUCGGAAAGCCCUGGCCAUUAAUCCACAGAGCUCUGUGCUCCUUUGUCAUAUAGGAGUGGUACAACACGCUCAGCACAAAUCCCACCAGGCUCUACAGACGCUAAACCGAGCCAUCACGAUGGAUCCAAACAACCCACUGUGUAAGUUCCACAGGGCGUCCAUCUUCUUUGCUACAGAGCGUUAUCAAGACGCUCUACGAGAGCUGGAGGAACUCAAACAGAUUAUCCCUAAGGAGUCGCUAGUAUACUUCAUCAUGGGAAAGGUGUUCAAAAAGUGCGGUCAGACUCACCUAGCCUUGGCCAAUUUCUCGUGGGCCUUAGACUUAGAUCCUAAGGGUGCAAAUAAUCAAAUCAAGGAAGCUUUAGAUAAGAGGUAUCUACCUGACGAUGAUGAUCCAACGGCUGAAGCCUUAGCUGAACGAGCCCCAAGUGAUGCCGAUGUUGGAGAUGGCGAUGCGCUAGGUGAAGGUGACAUCUUACAUGAGGGUGCCGUUGAACCUGAUGAUAUGCAGCUACAAGCAAAUGAAAGCGACGAGAGUUUAUGAUCGGACGAUGUAUUCUCGCCACAAGAGUUGCAUCUCUGGGUGCUGCAGCCGUGAUCAUUUAACAAUGGGAGAUUUUUGAGGCACUGGCGUCAGCAGACAGAACUAAGAAAAAGGACAGCCCAGAAGUCUCCCAUGGAAGGAUAGAUUACAGUUUUUAAGUUUCUUCAACCAUUAUGCAGUUGCCAUCUUGGAUUUAAAUGCAGAACUCCGAAAGAACCCUUUCAAAACGUUUUGCUCUGUUUCCACCUUUCUGAAGUCAGCUAAUGAUGUUGCUGACAAAGAAAUUGGUGGCUACAGCUACGACUACGGCUUGAUCAACGCGUCAUCAUGCACUGAAGUACAGGACUUCCCUAACAACACCUUUGGCAACAGUCGUAGCCAUAGCUGGAACCGCCAAUUUAAGCAUUUUGUGUGUAUUAAAAUAGUUGGGUGCCUCAAUAUUGCAAUGUUCACCUUGUGCAACAAGACCACAAUGUUUGGUUGUUAACCACUUAAGGUUAAUUUUAGUCUUUUUCUAUUUUAUAAUCAAACGACAGAUCUAAAUCUGAAAGCAAAUAAACACUUUAUCAAAGUUCACAUAGAAAAAUAUUGUAAAUCUGUAUCAGCCAUCUUAGUCAAUUAUAUUUGUAGGAAAAGAAACAGAUUUUUUGGAUAAGAAGUUUGCUUGAAAGAUUGAUGUCAAGUGUUAUGUGAGACUUUCUGUAGUAAUUAACAAACUGUGCCAUGUCAUUGUGUGCAUGGAUGUGUGUAUGUAUGACAAACGUACUUUAAGUAUGCUGCCUUGUGGAUAAUUAUGAUAAUAAAGUAAUGUACAGUAUGAAUUGAA